GCACCAGCAAGGGGCUCAAGGAGAAUGCAAAGGUGGCACUGGUUGUGGCAGACCGCGCGUCGGGGGCACUCGUAGGGCAGAGCUUCGCGCCGCCACACACGACAAGGAACUUCUUGUGGCAUCUCAGCACUCGCUAGCUGCCGUCUCCUUGGCCGGAUCCGUUUUGCUGGAAAGACGGGCUGUCUUUUGCUUGGACGCACUUCGCGCCGCGGACCACAGACACGGCGUCACUCCAGGAAAUGCAACUUCUUCCACGACACUCCCUCACACAGCGGACUGGCGACCUGUCGCGCUGAUGAUUUUUUCAAAGUUACGUGGCUUUACCGGAUACGGGAGCACAGGAAACCGCCAGCAAAUUUGGCGGAUACUUUCAUCAAAGGUUGCGAAAGUCGUAGCCACUACGAUCGUUGCAUUUUUGGUCGCAUGGCUCUGGAUACGAGGCUUCCGCCUGAGCUAUUUCUACCACAACGGCUUCUCAGGCUCCUCAUCGCCUCUAGCUGCCCUUGACGAUACGACAGCACCAAAUUACCAGCUCGAUCAACAGCUUCCGAUCGGCAAAGGCCGUCUGCACCUCCUCAUACCGGCCACCAGCACCAACUCAGAACUAUGCAAAUUGCUGCUUUCGGCGCAGAUCUUGGGCUACCCAACACCGGUGCUUAUCAACUAUGGCGAUCACGAAGCUACUGAUGGAUAUGUCCAGCACCUCGCGAAAGUGGAAGGCAUCCUCCGCUAUCUUGAGAAACUCGAAGCCUCGGAUGAGUACCAGGAGGAUCUAGUUCUGAUCAUAGACGGCUACGAUAUCUGGUUUCAACUACGGCCAGACGUCCUUCUCAAGAGAUUCUUCGCCAUCAAUGCAGCUGCAAAUGCGAGAACGAUUGAGCGCUAUGGAGAACAAAUCUUUGUCGAGCAGGAGAUGUACCAAAGUGUCGUAUUUGGGCCAGACAAGCUGUGUUGGCCUGUAGACUUCAGCCGUCCUGCCUGCUGGGCUGUGCCAGAAAGUACAAUGUCCUACUCAGCAUUUGGCCCAGUGUACGAUCGGGAAAACCGCGACAAGAAUCCUCCCAAAUGGCUCAAUAGCGGUACAAUUUUGGGCACUGUCAAAGACCUCGUGAACAUUUUCAAUGCCACACUGGAGGCAAUCCACUUCAACCAUGUGACAGACUCUGAUCAAUUCUACUUUGCCAACCUCUUUGGAGACCAGGAAUACCAACGUCUGCUUAACAGGCCAGAUUUACUGGAAGUGGCAAAGAAUAGGGUGUACUACGAUCAUGAGGACCCGAACAACAACACAUUAAUCCGUACAGAGCCCAUAACUUUCGGUAGACGGACAGAAUACCAUAUCGGCAUAGACUACGAUUCCACGAUGUUCCAGACUCUGGCGUUUUGGAAAGGUCAGCUUGCGUGGACACGACAGACAGAUUCUUGGUCUCCUCCAGCGGAUGCACAUCACGACCCAGUGAACCCGUGGGACAUCAACAUCAGUGAGGAUAUUCUGGCUUCCCGACCACCAUUUGAAUCUCUGGACGCUGGCUUGAACAACAUAAAUUCAACACCGGCCGGCUGGGAAAGCGUCGAACUUGGCUAUAAUGUUUUGACACACCAGCAUCCUGUACUACUGCACGUCACUGGAAACCCAGCAGAGAAGUUCUUCCGCAAGUAUUGGUGGCGCAGGAUGUGGUUCCAAAAGAAAGCAGCUGAGCUGAGGGUCGCGACACAUAGUCUUGAUGAGAGGCUCAUUUCGAAGGAGCCGAUUGCGAACCUGCUCUGGUAUAAUGCUGAGCCUGUGGAGGACGCAGAGGAGAUUGUCGACGGCGGCAAAGGAGGUGCAUGGACUGACCGACGCGGCUGGCUAAGCUGGAGGCGGCUUUGCAAGGCUACUGAAGAAGUCCUGUUUCAGCCAGGCGACGAUGAGGCUUAUCAUCCGACAAAGAUACAGAAACACGAGCCGCUUAUUCCGAAACCACGCCCGCCUGACCCUCCUCCGUCGCAAGACGGAGUGGUCCCCGAAUCCGAGCCUGUCGCCGAACAAGUUCCUCAAGAAGGAGCGUUUCCAUUCGAAGGACAGCCUCAAGAAGCAGCAGCAGGUGUCUCGCCGGCAGGAGCAGCAGAAGGGUUGGCAGGUCAAGAAUUCCAGCAACGGCAGGCUGCACAGCCUGGCGAGCAAUAAUUUGCGAGAAUGUCCAGCGACAGAGGUACUCUCUGGUCUCAGCAUUUGUGUUCCAUUUGAUAGCGUUCAUAGCGGGAUAUACGGCCGAGGUCGAUCAAAUUCUGCCC